AUGCCUAAAAAAGACAAUACUAUUGAUACAUCUUUCUCUAGAGCAACAUCUACAGGCCCGUAUCCACAAGCUGAAUUCACGGUUGCCAAUUCCGGUGCGAUGCAGUUCACAUGUAACCUUCCGCCUGUCGUCGAUGCCGCGGAUUCAGAGGCUAUAGAGGGUGGUAACAAUGCCGAACUGGACGGAAAUGAGUCAACCUCAAUGCCUUCCAAUCAGUCUUCGACAAAUGACCAGGAUGAACACAUUCCUCGCCCUACGAACAGCUUCAUUUUGUUCCGUACGGCGACGGAUAAACGUAACAUUCCCGAACUCGAUAAUGUGAAGAGGGCCGGGGCCCGAUCGAAAGUCAUCGCUCAACUUUGGAAAGACUUAAAACCCGAAGAGAGACAGGUCUGGGACCAGCGGGCAGAAGACAUCAGGAAGGAGCACCAGAAACGCUAUCCGAAUUAUAGAUAUCAACCGAAACCCAGACGUCCGAGAAUUCCUAAACGGUCUGGCGCACCGGACGUAGAGGCCUCAGCGGAACGCAGACGUCCAUCGAAGCGGAAAUCCGGACGAAAUGUUCCCGAUACCAUCGUUACCUCUCCCAAUGUUACGACCACCGAGUCUUUCCAGACACGGCAACCGCAGGAAGUGCAUGCUCCUCAGCCUGUCUAUGCACCAAAUUUCCUGCAACCCAGCCCAAACUCAUUGCAACCUAAUGGGUUUGACCUUUCAACUUUCGAGAGAAACUCAUCGGGAACUAGGCCGGAGAACUAUUCUAACACAACCCAUACUCCCUCAGGACAUCCUCAAAUUACUCAACCUUUCCGCAAUGAAAUACAGGCAACUCAUGCAGGAGUCCAGAGUAUGCAGAUGACUGGUUUCCCAGGACCUUCUAUGCCAACAUAUGCGCAUCCUGAUCCAUACGCCAGCGCUCCUUGUGGACGGGGAAUGCAGACGGACUCCUCGUUUUGGCGGACUACAACUGGCUUGAACGACACAGAUGCCAAUAGCUUGUUUAAUCAAUGGUUUCCGCAGAACUCCAACGUUUACGGAGGUAUGCAUACGAGUGGUCCUUUCGGACACCCAGGAAGCAACGGCACCGCGUUUAACACUAACUACGCCUCUGGAAGCCAAUCUAAUCAAUAUGUCUCGUCACACCCCUGGGAUUUUGCCACGCCUACCUUUUACGCACAGACCGGACCUACGUGGCAGUAUUCUUGA